GUUAUCAUCUGCAUCCAGCUCAAUAACGUCGCCGCGUGAUAAUUUGUCGCCUAAUGGCGAUUUUAUGAAUAACUCGAUAUCGCCAACAUUAGCUGUUGAACAAAGUAUUAUUGGGGCACGUGCCUCUGUCAUGGUCUACGAUGAUAACCAAAAGAAAUGGGUGCCAUCGGGCACUUCAUCGGGUCUCAGUAAGGUACAAAUCUAUCACCAUCAGCAGAAUAACACAUUUCGUGUUGUUGGCCGCAAACUACAGGACCACGAGGUUGUCAUCAAUUGUUCCAUAUUAAAAGGACUGAAAUAUAAUCAAGCCACUGCCACAUUUCAUCAAUGGCGCGAUUCCAAAUAUGUCUAUGGUCUCAAUUUCUCAAGUCAAAAUGAUGCUGAAGCCUUUGCUAGGGCUAUGAUGCAUGCGUUGGAGGUUCUCAGUGGACGUGUUGCCAAUAAUCCAGGACAACCAACAAACGGUAAUGGUUAUGAAGAAGAUAUGGGCUAUCGCACAAUGACCAGUGAAGAUGCUGCCAUCCUAAGGCAGCAACAGCAGAUAACAGGCCAAGUAACACCAUCGGCACAGACACCCACUUCACAAACAAAUCAAAAUAAUAUACCACAAAGCCCACCGACACCACAGCAGGGACAUCAUCGCACCAGCAGGAAUUCCCUUAGUGCUCCAGCAGCACCACAGCCACCACAAAUGCAACAACACCAGCAGCAGCAACAACAACAGCAUUCAAUCUAUGGGCACACAACUGGACCAACACAAAACGGUAUGCAACAGCAUCCACAGCAACAACAACAGCAGCCGCCAAUGCAGCCACAACAACAACAGAUACCACCAGGACCGGGUCAGCCGCAACAACAAUCAUACCAUACUCCGUCACAGAUGCAACAAACGCAACAGCAACAACAACUCCAGCAACAGCAGCAACAACAUGCGCUCUAUGCCACACAACAAAUGGUCAAUGCUGGCGGUUAUCAGCAGCAACCAAAUCAGUAUCAGCAAUCCCACUAUGUCUUGUCGAAUUCUAAUCCAAAUCUUAAUAUGCAUCAAUAUCCGCAACAGCAGCAACUCGGUGGUGGAAUGAUACCUCAGGCACCCCAACCUCCCAUGCCACCGCCACAUCAGAACGGCGGCGUUCCUCACUAUGUGUCUUCGCAGCAACAAAUGGGACCAGGCGGCAUCUCGAAUUCGCAGAGUGCCAAUAACGUUUACGGCAGUCAACCGCAACAGAUGGGCGGUGGCGGAAUACCGAUGCCACCCCAACCGCCACAGCCACCGGCAAUGCCAAACGGCCCGCCAGCGCCACCAAAUGCAUAUGGACAAAUGAAUGGUGGUGGUCAGGUACAGCAAACAGAGAAUCCCUAUGGCCAGGUGCCUGGGGCACCGCCAAUGAUGCCAGUCAAUAGUAAUGCUCCCGUUGGUAAUGUACCUAUGCCACCGCCACUCAAUCGUAUGAGCAGUAGUACUGGUGGUGGUCCAGGUGGUGCUCCCGGUGCACCAGGGGCACCAGCUCCUCCACCACCACCAGCAUUUGGUGGUGCUCCGCCCAUGUUCAAUGGUAAUGCUGGCGGUGCAGGACCAGUUCCACCACCACCACAACCUCCAGCUCCACCAGCGCCACCAGCAAUGGGAGGCGGAGGAGCAGGUCCCGCAGGACCAAGCGGUGGUGGCCCAGCAGCACCUCCACCGCCUCCACCACCACCAAUGGGUGGAGGAGGAGGUGGUUCUGGAUCUGCAGCAUCAGCCAAGAAAGAAGAUCCUCAAGCAGAUUUAAUGGGUUCGCUGGCUGCCCAGUUACAGCAGGCCAAAUUGAAAAAGAAGUCCACACCAGCUCCCACAGAAAACAGCGGCAGUAGCACACCCAGCGGAGGCAGUGGCAAUUAUGGUACCAUUGGACGUGGUGGUGGUGGUAGCGGCGGUGGUAUGGCCUCUAUGAUGGAUGAAAUGGCCAAGACAUUAGCAAGGCGACGUGCUCAGGCCGAAAAGAAAGAUCCUGAUUCGGAACCCGAAGUAAAACAACGACCUUGGGAAAAAUCCAAUACAUUACCACACAAAUUGGGCUCCUCAUCAUCGGCCAAUUCCAGCAAUUCAUGCAAUGCAAAUUCCUCACACAAUACAUCGAAUAGUGGUAGUGAGUCACCUCGACCCAUGCGAAAACGUUUCGGUAGUGCCAGCGAAGAAACGAUACUUAAGGUCAAUGGUGAUGGAUUAUCUGUAGCGGGAUUAUCCAAUAGUGAUUUGGAACAAUUAAAGGCUGAAAUUGUUAGAGAAAUGAAAACGGAAAUACAAAAAGUAAAACAAGAAAUCAUAGAAGCUAUCAAAUCUGAGUUUAACCGAAGAUAAAAGAAUUAUCUUUAGUCAAAUAAAUAA